AUGGAUCACUACAUGAGCCAGCUGAUGUCUGGCUACGGGAACUUAAACAAGUCGCUUCUCCAGUUUAAACUUAGAGGUGAUGCAAUUUUCCGAUGCGGUGUGCCAGAGCAUUUGCUGCGAGAUUGCCCCCUUUUCGAUCACGAAAGAGAAGAAAUCAAUCUCAGAGUGCAAGCGGCCAGUGAGAAUUGGCCAUGUGACAAUGAGACCUAA